UGCGCGGUGCGGCUAAGCGCUGUCCCUCUCACGGCCAUCCUCUAGCCAUGGAACUCGUCUCACAAUGUUUUUAAUAUUUCAUCAGGCUGUAUGUCCUUCGUCGUCUGCACAUGAUAAGACUUUGGAUUGAUUCCACCAUUUCAGAUUGCUAUGGCGACGGUGGUGAUGGAGCAGAUCGGCCGGUUGUUUAUCAACGCCCAGCAGCUGCGUCAGAUCCCUCAGCUGCUCGAGUCGGCCUUCCCCACGCUGCCUUGCACCGUCAAGGUGUCCGACGUUCCGUGGGUGUUCCAAGAGCGUCACAUCCUCUCUGGCUACAGGCAGCCAGACCAAAGCUGGCGCUACUACUUCCUCACCCUCUUCCAAAGGCACAAUGAGACCAUUAACGUAUGGACCCAUCUGUUGGCUGCCCUCGUCAUCUUGGUGAAGUGGCAGGAGAUCUCAGAGACGGUGGAUUUUUUGCGAGACCCUCACGCGCAGCCCCUCUUCAUCAUUCUCCUCGCGGCCUUCACCUACCUCUCCUUCAGUGCGCUCGCGCAUCUCUUGUCUGCCAAGUCCGAGCUCUCCCACUACACCUUCUACUUCCUCGAUUAUGUGGGGGUUGCCGUCUACCAGUAUGGCAGCGCGUUGGCACACUACUACUAUGCCAUCGAGGAGACUUGGCACGCUAGAGUGCAAGGGCUCUUUUUACCCGCCGCUGCUUUCUUGGCCUGGCUCACAUGCUUUGGCUGCUGCUACGGUAAAUAUGCCAGUCCCGCACUGGCUAAGCUUACUCAUAAGCUUUUCCAAGUGGUGCCCUCGGCCUUAGCUUACUGUUUGGACAUCAGCCCUGUCGUUCACCGCAUCUAUACCUGCUACCAGGAAGGCUGCUCUGACCCGGUGGUAGCGUACCACCUCUACCAUGUGCUCUUUUUCCUAAUCAGCGCCUAUUUCUUCUCCUGGCCCCACCCGGAGAGCUGGUUCCCGGGAAAGUGCGACUUCAUUGGGCAGGGCCACCAAAUCUUUCACGUGUUUGUGAUGGUUUGCACCCUGAUGCAGAUCGAAGCGCUGCGAAUAGACUUCACCGAGCGGAGGCCGCUCUACGAGCGACUUCACGGCGAUCUGGCUCACGACGCCAUCGCGCUCUUCAUCUUCACCACCUGCUGCAGUGCUCUGACUGCUUUUUACGUGCGCAAACGUGUGCAUGCGUCUCUCCAUGAGAAAGACAACUAACAAAGGCAACGUUAUAACUCAAGUUGCUCUACGGUGACCAGUCAUUUUUAUGUUUUGUCAUCUUACCAUUUUGUGACAGCAGCCGCUGUAAGAGAGAGAAAUAACCCCGUCAGCGCUCUAACUGUAGUCACGGUGGUAAGCCGCCUUUGGCUUUUACACAGAACCCAGCAAAAGGGGGAUUUUUACACAAAGACACGUCCGAUAAUUAGAUGCAUGAUGACGUCAUCACCAGCGUGUCGGCAGCUGGUUGGCCGACAAAAUACUUGGACAGCAACAUUGUUGGGCAGAAACAGUGCGUGUCAGGUGUGAAACUGAAUUCAUCCCAGUAUUAAUGUAUUUGCUUUUACACAGGGGCUGUCCUUCUUCUGUAACGGUUCUUUAUACUAGCCCAGGUGACUGAAAAUUGGUGGAACAACUUCAACAGCGACACGACGAAAGGCAGAAAAAGUGAUACUGACCCGAAUGUAAGAUGACCCAUCUUUUUCUUUUUGAAAAACAUAAUCCACAAAAUAUAAUAGAAAUAAUAUAGAAAUCAAAGACAAAUUCAAAACAAAGUCUUCAGUAUCAGUGGAAUAAAAAAAUAUAGAUUGCAAUAAAAAAAGGAUAUCAUCCUCUUAGUUGCUCGACAGUUGUUUGAUGCUGCUUCAUUGGUUAACAUGACCUAACAUUAGCAUCAGAACUCUUCUGUUGUUUACCAACCUGCUCAACCAUUGAGUCACUUCUUUCGACCGAGUCUCUGUGUUGUGUUGGCAUCCCUCCAGGUUGCUGGUGACAAAAAGAAAAGCUCUGAUUCGCUGUGGGAGAAGUUGUUUAGCACCACCUUCUGGUUUGCUUGUGUAAAUCUCUAGCCCCUAUAAGAUCAACUUUGUCAAGGGAAUAAUUCCCUUAUAUUUGCGUCAGUACAGUCAUCCCACGCCACAUCGCGGUUCGAAUUUCGCGGCUUCACUCUCACUGUUUUUCAAAAAUACAUUACUGAAUACAUCAUGCUCUUUCAUGGUUGAAUUAUUGAAAAAAAAGCACAUUUUUGCAAGUUUUAUUUAUUUUUUGCCUCAAUUAAGCACUUUCAAGCAUAGAAAUGGCUAAAUGAACUAAAAUACAAAUAUAAGGCAUUCAGAAGAUGCAUUCAAAGAGGAGAUGCUUUGUAGUAUUCUGCACUGGUGACUAGGUGCCAGUGGUGCCAAUAAUGUUAAUGUAAUGUUUGGUGAGGCACACAACAGGCACACCAAUAAUAAUGAUAAUAAUAAUUAUAAUAAUCACAAUAAUAACACAGGCUAAUGUUGCAGUUGUAACCCACGACAAGGUAAAACUCAACUCUGAACCCCCGACGUCACUUCCUGUCCUCCACAUGUCCGUAGGACAUUUAUUGCAACACACGAACACGAUUAUUAUUUAUGUCUUAAAUGGCUUAUUUUUUCAGAUCAUGUCAACUAUACUGGGUAAUACAAGUGUAAAGGUGACUAUAGGGGUGUUAUUUCAUGUCUACAGGGCUCUAUGUUAAAAAAAAACAUAUUUAGAAGGUUGUAAACAGGUUUUUGAUGCUCUAACUGCGAAAACAUUUGAUUUAUAAAUAAGGAAUCCUACUUUGUGAAAAUAAGUCUCAUUACGGUCCGGUUUUUAGCCACGAUAAACGAGGGAUUACUGUAAUGUAUUUUUUCCCCCAGCCCUUAAAUUUAAAAUACUAUUUUGGUUAUUGUCAAUGAGCAGAAUGAAUUAUUGUCCCAUGCCUGCAGCAACACAAAUACAGUAGUGCAACUAUCUCAACCCUUAACGUUUUUUUCAUCAGAAAGUAAUUCAUCCUUGCCUGUCCACCGCCACAUUUGUUUGCAUGUGGAACACGGGUCACGUUUUUAUUUGUUUCACUUUCAAAUGUUGUGUCUUUGUGACAGUAUAUGAGACGUCAACAUGGACCAAAAGAUUGCAUCUCUUGACUUUUGACUAGUUUCAAAGUGGUAGGUUAUGUUGUAUUUAAGUUAAAUGUAAGUUAUUCUCCAAUAACCUGAACAGAAAAACAGAGUUCAGAGUUCUGCUAGGAAACACUUAACACUUGAAUCCCAUUCCUAUUUGACUGAUGGUGUUUUUCAUAUUGCCUGUGCUCACACCAGACCAAAUGAGGGCAAGUCUCGUGUCGACAGAAGUUGAAAACUUUUCGAAAACCAAAUAUUGUACCUUCUGAAAGGCAACAUUUUGCGUGACAUCGUCAAACAGUUUUGACGCUGGCACACUCAAGAGAAGGAUGUGAGAUGACUGAUUUCUUUUUGUUCCAACAAUGUUGAUAUUUUUACUCCAAGGGCUGCAAGUUCAGCUUUUGCCUUUUCACCUCCCAUGAUGUCAAGGCUUUCUGUGCACUGUGGUCUUUGUUAGUGUGUGACUGUGCUCUAUUUUGUUACUGUACAAUGAAAUUGUACGUGCCUCUACGCAUGUCUUUGGUAUACAAUGUGGAUGUAAAACUGUGGAUGUAUAUAAAAGCUUUUCCUACACAUGUAAACAAGCUGUUUUCCUCCCGAAAACCUUCCAUUUAUCACUUUGAUCUCCACCUAAUAGCACUCAGAGAUAAAUGCCUAUUUUUCUGCAGGAAUACAGCACUUUGCCAUUUUGCAGCAUCCUUGGAAACGUUUCAUGUUUCAAUGUCUUCAUGCUUAUCAGAUUUAAUAGCUAUGAAUACAUCAUUUCCUAUUGCUACACCAUUCCUCUGAAAUAUCCAUUUGUUUUGGCUCUGGCCACAGAUGCGGCUCACUGAUAAUGCUGCCAAGUUUUAGCUCACAAAAUGUUAAAUGUAAUGUCAAAAAACAUUUUCAUUCACGGCAGCACCCUCUGUUCUUGAUGGUGUUUAAUGAAUGUGUUUUUGCAGCACUGAUGGCACUACUGAAAGAAUUCCGAGGAGGACAAGAUGCAUUUAAUGAUGUCUUUAUGGGAGUGCAUGUGGUGGGAUUUUAACUGAGAAUUUCAUCAUGCACUACCUGAACUAACACUGUAUAUACUGUGGCUGACUGUGUUGGCUAUGUUUACAUGCAUGAUUUUUUUUAAAUACUAUUAUUGUGUGCAUUUUUUUGUAUUCACAUGUGACCACAUCUUAAUUCAUUCAAUUGGAAAAGUGAUUCUCUUCAGUUUGUCUUAGAUUCUCUCCAUCUAAGACAUACAAAGGAACAUUUUGUAAUGUUUAAGCCGAGUAUUUAUUUUAAUUUAAGAUAUAAAUACACUUAAACAUUUUUUACCCUUGUUUGAGUAAUUGAGCAGGUUUGUGAGCAGUAUUUUUUUUUUUUACUGCAAGUACAUGAUUACGUAUUGUGUAAGUUGCAUGCUGUGACAAUGCGAUGUUAACUGGAACAUGCAACGCUAGUAUAAGUGAAUGUGUAAACAAAGCCUCUGAUGACGCCACCCAGGUUUGCCUUCAUUAUAGAAAGCAGGGUGAGAAGGGCCAGAAUGUCUUCUGCGUCUUGACUCGGUGUGUGUGACUGACUGUACUAAUGUUCUGUAUUCAAGAGAAAUAAAGUGUUACAUUAACUAA